AUGCCGCCCCAGUUGCUACCUACGCUCAUUCCGCCCCAGUACUACCUACGCUCAUUCCGCCCCAGUAGCUACCUACGCAUGCCGCCCAACCAUGCCGCCCCAAUUGCCGUGGGAACCACCAGCCAAAGCGUAGUCCGUUCUUUGGGAGGAGCUCAAGCAGUAUCUCACUACUCCAAGGCUGAGGACAGUGCCUUUUCCACCGUCCGCAAAUACGAUACCCGCAUCACCAACGAUGCUUACUCCUUUGCCCAUGCCGCCCCAGUAGCUACCUAUGCUGCUCCAGUAGUGGCUAAGGCUGCUUAUGCUGCCCCAGUAGCUACUUAUGCUCAUGCCGCUCCAGUCGCCACUUAUGCUCAUGCUGCUCCAUUAGCUACCUACGCUCAUGCUGCUCCUGUUGCCAAAGCCGCCAUUACAUACUCUCCAGCUAGCGUUGUCUCUCAUACUUCCUUCGCUGGUCUUGGUGCCCAUUACGAAUGGUAA